GCAGCCGUUCGGUCGGGUGGCAGCAUUUAGGCCAUGUGGCAACGCUGUGUACACUAUUCCGGAGACUUUUACACGCCUACGUGAUUGCAAAAGAUUCGGGAGCAUAUUUUAGUUAAAAUCAUUUAAAUUUAUUAUGUGCGCAUUUGCGAUAACUUUUAUAAAACUCAGAGCUCCCAAUAAAAGCAUGGAGCUAUAAACAACAAGAACAAUAACAACAAAAAAGGCAAUUCGCGUCUGCACAAAUACAAGUACAACAAAAAACAACGACACACAAAAGCCAUUGCCACAAAAAAUAUGGCGAAGGCGAAUUAGUGCAAUCUUGCAAACUUUCAUAUAUACAUACAUACAAACAUGCAAACAUAAUAAAAUAUAUUGUGCACAGAGUGAAAUCAUUAAAAGGACCCAACAGGAGAGAGUGAGAGGGAACGAGACAGAGAGAGAAAGAGGACAUUGCUCAAAGUCAAAGCACUAGCCAAAUAAGCAAAUCGCAACAACAACAAAACCGAACGACGCGACGCGACGUCACAAAGCGAAAGGCAGCAAAGCAAAGAGAGCAAACGCGUCGUCGUUGUCACUGCAAAAGCUGAGCGUAUGCUGUGUGUGGUGGGCGCUCAAAAACUAUGCGCUUUGGUUGAGGAGUGAAGUAAAGUGAAGUGCAGCAAAAGCAAAACAACAACAAGCAACAACAUCAGCAAGGAGAACAACGGCAAACAGCCAAUCGGAAAUAUAAAGAAAAGAACGAACGACGAACGUGUGCUUGGGCUAUUAAUGAUGGCGUUGAUAAUGAUGAAGUUUUUGUUGCUGCCAGCUAAUGCGCUCUUGAUGACAAUCUACCUCCAACAAUAAUAACAUAAGCAAAAUUCAUAAGAAUAGCUGUAACAACAAGAAAACAAAAACGCCACCUAUUGUCGAGCAUACGUACACACAACAAGAUUGCGAAAGAGAGUGCAAAGGAACAAGAGUGAGACAGUGACAGAAAAGAAGCCACAUGCCACAACAAAAAUAAAGCGAAUAAGAAUAAACACAAAUACAAUAAUAACAACAACAAAAGCAAUAAUAAAUACAACGAGACGCCGAGACGCUUACAUUGUGCAUUGCCGCAUAUGUGUGUGUCUGUUUCUGUGUAGGUGUCUUAGUGGUGUCUUAGCUUGCGGUGCUGCUUCCCCUUCUGCCCCCUGCCACCACCCGCAUCCCUCACAAGACAAACGGACAACUGCUCCGGUGGGAGGCGAAUCCGUGACUGACUAUUGUCGUCACGUUGCCUUGCCCGCCACAAUAUGGCGUGCCUUAACACACUGAAGCAAGAAAUCAAAACACUGGAGAAAAUCUUUCCGAAGAAUCACGAACGCUUUCAGAUACUCAAUUCCAGCGUAGACGAACUUCUGUGCAGGUUCAUCGAUAAGAAUGGCAAGCGUUAUGACAUACAUGCGAACAUAACGGAAACGUAUCCAUCAUCGCCACCAGUUUGGUUUGCCGAGAGCGAGGAGACGAGCGUUACAAAUGCCGUACAAAUCCUUAGCAACACAAAUGGCCGUGAUAAUCACGUGAUUAAUCAGGUUGGCAUAUUGCUACGUGAGCUAUGCCGUUUACACAAUGUUCCACUGCCACCCGAUAUUGAUAAUUUAACGCUGCCGCUGCAAACACCGCCACCCUCCGCAUCCCCUCUCCGCUUGGAUCGUUCAGGCGGCGGCUGCGGAGGCGGUGGACCGGGUCCACAUGGUAACGAGGAGACCGAUUCCGAUCAGGAUGAAAUUGAGGAUCCCAUCGGUGAGAGCGAACAGGAGAGUGAAGGCGAUGAGGAUUUACCACUGGAAAUGGACGAUGUACGGAGUACAAACAAAAAAGAUGACAUGGAGGUGGAACAUUUAGCGACUUUAGAAAGACUGCGUCAAAGUCAAAGACAAGACUAUUUAAAAGGUUCAGUUUCUGGUUCCGUGCAGGCAACAGAUCGUCUGAUGAAAGAACUACGUGAUAUUUAUCGGUCCGAUGCGUUCAAGAAGAAGAUGUACUCGAUUGAGCUCGUCAACGAUUCCAUUUACGAGUGGAAUAUACGCCUCAAGUCUGUGGAUCCGGAUAGUCCGUUACACAGCGAUCUGUUGCAGCUCAAAGAGAAGGAGGGCAAGGAUAGCAUACUGCUCAAUAUAUUAUUCAAGGAGACGUAUCCCUUUGAGCCCCCCUUUGUGCGUGUCGUUCAUCCAAUCAUCUCAGGUGGCUAUGUUCUCAUUGGCGGCGCCAUUUGCAUGGAGCUGUUGACCAAACAGGGCUGGAGUUCCGCCUACACAGUUGAGGCUGUCAUCAUGCAAAUAGCUGCAACUCUGGUCAAGGGCAAGGCGCGCAUACAAUUUGGUGCUACCAAGCAGGCGCUCUCCCAGGGACAAUACAGUUUAGCACGGGCCCAGCAAAGCUUCAAGUCUCUGGUGCAGAUUCAUGAGAAGAAUGGUUGGUUUACGCCGCCCAAGGAGGAUGGCUAAGAUUGGUUCCGGUUUUGUUGUUUUUAUGGACGUUUGCCAAAUGUCGCCGCUCAUCCAAUCAAAAAAAAAAAAAAAACAGAAAAAACAAAAAAAAAACCAUUUUCAACAAUAAAAAAAAAACCAGACACUUGGCUAGCUACGUAUUCAUCAGAGAGCAACAACAGUAGAGGCAGAAGAUGCAACGGAAAUGGAAAUAGUAGGAAAGGAGGAAGCAACAGCAGCAAAUCGAACCCGCCAUUCAUAAUUAAUUUACAUAAUUAACGUUGCAAUUGUUUACGUUAAGUUCUGUAAUUUGUGUAUAAUUGAUAAAUAUAAUGAGGAAUAAUGCUUAUAUAUAACAAACACACUCAUAAAUACAUACACGCAUGCACACCCACAUACAUAAACACACCCACAUACAUACCGACAAAAUACGAGCAUAUUAUGAAAAUAAGUCGCAACUAAGAUUGUAAUUAUCGUUUAUGUUACGUUAUGCUUUAUAUAUACUGAAAA